AUGGAAGAACUCACCCUCCUCAUCCUCGGCGCAGGCUGGACAGCCACCUUCCUCAUUCCCCUCCUCGAAUCCCGCAACAUCUCCUUCGCCGCGACCACCACAACAGGCCACCCCGUCGCCGGCGCCCCCACCCUCACCUUCAAAUUCGACCCCUCCGCUCCCGAGGACCAAACCCGCGCCGCCAUCGCCGCCCUGCCCCGCGCCCGCCACGUCCUCAUCACCUUCCCCCUGAAGGGCACCGGCCCCAGCAAACUCCUCCUCGAGACCUACGCCAACACCCACCGCAGCGCCGCCGCCGCCGAACCCAACUCAUCAUCCCCAUCCCCAUCCCCAUCUCCAUCCCCAUCUCCAUCCACCCCACGCUUCAUCCAACUCGGGCAGCGCGGGCAUCUGGCAGCCCGACUCGCCCUACCAACUCCAACACCCCCAAUCCCCCACCCCCCAACAACACCCCCCAGCAACCGCAACCCCCCCCUGGAAAACCCGGGCACUCCCCCUACGCCGCCGACGACCCGCGCGCCAUCGCCGAGGACGAGCUGCGCGCGCUCCGGCGGGUGUGUGUUGGUGUCUGGCCGGGCUGUGGGGGCGGCUCGCGCACCGGUGCGGGGGUGGGCGGGCCGUGUCGCCGGCGACGAAGGAAGGCGGUGA